GGUUGGUUAGUUGUUGGCCCCAUAGGUACAACUUAUUUUAACCAAAAUGUACAUUGUAAUUUAGUUAAAAAUAACACUAUAAUUCAAAACUUACCAGAGGUCAAAGUAUUAGUCUCAGAUGUAGAAAUAACUAAAAAUAAUUUAGUACAAUUUGAAAGGUAUUCUAGUUACAGUAGACUUAAAAGAAUUUACGCAUAUGUUUUACGCUUUAUUAAUAAUUGUAAAAAAGUGUCAAAAUUAAAUGGACCUUUACAAGCUAAUGAACUGGAGAACUCUUUAACACUAUUACUUAAGGUUAGCCAAUCAGAAUCGUUUGCAAAGGACAUAAAGCACAUUAAAGAGGGAAUAAAACUGCAUCACAAAAGUAAGUUGUUACCCUUAAAUCCUAUUUUAGAUACUAAUGGUUUAAUUAGAGUAGGUGGCAGACUAAGACAGUCUGAUUGUCAGUAUGACAAAAAACACCCUAUUUUACUGGACUCUAAACACCACUUUACUAAACUUUUGAUGAGAUAUGAGCAUUUACAUCUUAUGCAUGCAGGUCCACAGUUGCUCCCGGCAUCAGUACGUGAGACAUUUUGGCCACUAGGUGGUAGGGUCUUAGCCCGCACUAUAGUUAGGCAGUGUGUAGUUUGCACUAGAAUGAAAGGUCAAACUGCACAACCUUUAAUGGGUGACUUACCAAGUGUUAGAGUCAACCCAGACUUUCCAUUUAAUUCUUGUGGAAUUGACUUUGCUGGACCUUUUAUGAUUUCCUCCAAAAAGGGUAGAGGUAACCGUAUCAGUAAGGCUUAUUUAUGUGUAUUUGUAUGUUUAGUAACUAAAGCCAUACAUUUAGAAGCUGUGAGUGAUUUAACAACCGAAGCCUUCAUAUCAUGUCUGCGUAGAUUUGUGUCGCGUCGUGGCAAGCCUUAUUCUAUACAUUGUGACAACGGAAAGAACUUCGUUGGCGCUGACAAUGAGUUGGGUAGGGUUAUACAGUCCAGCGUUCAGGCGGUAUCAGACUAUGCAGCCAACGAGGCAAUUAAAUUCAAAUUUAUACCCGCAUACUCUCCACAUUUUGGUGGGAUUUGGGAGGCCGGUGUAAAAUCCGCAAAAUUUCAUCUUAAACGUGUUGUAGGCAAUGCCUCACUCACAUUUGAAGAAUUAGGGACGCUCUUCACCCAAAUAGAGGCAAUUCUUAACUCCAGACCCCUUUCCCCUCUGUCAUCAGAUCCCAUGGAUACCACUCCUUUAACCCCCGGGCACUUUCUAAUCGGACGGCCGCUGAUGUCAGUGCCUUCAGCGCCCGCCCAGAACUGUAAAACCAACAGAUACAAAGCCCUCGAGCAGCUGAGACAGGCCUUUUGGGAGAGGUGGCGGAUGGAGUACAUGGCGGAGCUUCAGAACCGGGCGAAGUGGAGAAGGGGCACCUCAACCAUCGAUGUCGGGGACCUCGUCAUCCUGAAGGAAGACAACUUAAUGCCUCUCCACUGGCGCAUGGGCCGCGUCACCAAACUUUACCCCGGAGGCGACGGGAUCUCCAGGGUGGCGGAUAUCUACACUUCCACCGGCACAAUCAAAAGGGCAAUUAAUAAAUUGUGCCCCUUACCGGUGCACCAAGGUUGAAUACAUUCAACGGCCCGGAGGAUGAACGCGCCCAAACGCAGUGCAACGGAACGCAUCGAGUACAGCGGGGCGCGGGGGGACCACGGCGGCCAGCGCGAGCGACGGACGGCGGCGCCGAGAACAUUCGGCCACAGGCAGCGCAGCGGCAUGCGCCUUACCGCUCGACAUACGCACAGUGCCUUUUAUUAAUAUACAAUAUUUGUUACAGUAUUCA